AUGCAUAAAAGCUGUCAAUUACUGUGCAAAAUAUCCAGAAUGACGAGCUCUACCAACAAUGUGGUCUUGAACACCGCAUUCAAGUAUCAGCCCCCGGUGAAUAGAAAUAUGCAUGAACUUGAUAGAUCUUUCUUCGUCACCAAAGUUCCAAUGGUUGUAGUUCACUUUCCGGAUCCCAAAAACAUCAGUUUGUUCACAAACAAAUUCAAGCAGGAAGUGCUGAGUCUGCCACGCAUUUCUAGAGUUGUUCGACUUGCCGCGGACGACUCCACAAGCGCAGAACCACCGCUGAAAAAGUCAAGCCUUGCCAAUGACAAUCACAUACGGAAAGGUGUUUUACUGCGUGACUCAAUCACUCAAGUGGACGAAAUCCCAAAACAGCUUCCACUAGAGGCUCAAGAGUUUUUGAAAGAACACCUUGCCGUUGCUCAGCCGUACGAGUGCGUGCUGGACUAUUCGUUUUGGAAAGCCGAAGAAAUCUUUCGUGCCAUUCUGCCUGAGCAGUUUUUGGACGAGAUUCCCUCCGGUUUCACAGCUACAGGACACGUAGCCCAUAUAAAUCUCAGGAACGAGUUCAAGCCGUUUGGAAACCUUAUCGGACAGGUAAUUCUCGACAAAAACAGUAAAGUCGAAACGGUGGUCGACAAAACAGACUCUAUCGACACCAAGUUCAGAACAUUCCGCAUGCAAAUUUUGGCAGGAAGGGACGAUCUAGUCGUCGAGCAACGCGAAUCAAACUGCAAAUUCAAAUUCGAUUUUAGUAAAGUUUAUUGGAAUUCUCGACUACACACGGAACACGAUAGACUAAUUCAAAAGUUCAAGCCCGGCCAGUGUGUAGGUGACGUGUUUGCCGGUGUGGGGCCCUUUGCGGUGCCCGCUGGUAAAAAGGAGGUCCUUGUGUUGGCUAACGAUUUGAACCCCGAGAGCUACAAGUAUAUGUUGGAAAACAUAGCCGAAAACAAGGCCGGACGUUUUGUGCAGCCUUCCAACCUUGAUGGCCGAGACUUUAUCAGACAAAGCCCCCGCUUGCUGCAGCAGUGGCGUCAGCAGACUGCGGGACGGGUUGAGGUCCCUGGCGGUAAGCGGUACAAGGAUGUCAAGACAGGCGAAACCAAGAGAACGGAAGCCAGGUUCGUGACGAUUCCGCAAUUCUACCACCAUUACGUCAUGAACUUGCCAGACAGCGCGCUGACGUUUUUGAACGAGUUUGUGGGGCUAUAUUCGAGAGACCCUGAAAUGUUCAAGCAAAUAAAGGCGCUUCCAGACUUCCAAACGCCCUGGAUUCACUGUCACUGCUUUGAAAAGUACGAUGCGGACGAAAGUCCCGAGCCCAGUAUGACUGAACUACACAGUCGGGUCCAUGCUAGAAUCAAGACCAUCAUGAACAUAGACGACACGAUUCUGCCGUUUGAAAACUUGCAAUUUCAUCUAGUGCGAAAGGUCGCUCCCACGAAACCUAUGUUCUGCGUCAGUUUCCAGCUACCAGAUGUACUUCUAUGA